AUGUCCAUGAGUAAUCUCACACUUGAGCAGUAUUAUGAAAUACAGAAGCUCGAAAUGGAAGCAAUACAGUCCAUUUACAUGGAUGACUUUACUGAUCUAACCAAACGACAUUCUUCUUGGGACAAGCACCCGCAAAUCAUAUUUGAGGUUAGGUUGAGGUCUCAGGAAUCUAAACCUGCCGAAAGCUCUCUAGACUUGCACGUUGUCCUCCCGUCUACGUACCCUCACGCAUCGCCACAAAUCACAUUCAAACAUGUAGUGAAUGUGCCCGAUGGCCAGUUAAACAAAGUUAGAAAAGAUAUCAAAGAGAUUCACCAGAGAGCCAAAGGUCAAGAGAUCAUAUAUGAGAUCAUCAUUGCUGUACAGGAGAUAUUAGAAGACUCGCAAAAACGAGUGGUGACAGAUUCGUUAGAGGAUCAAAGAUUGCAAAGAAUUAAAGACGAAGAAGAACGAAUGAAGAGGGAAGAAGAACAGAAAUUGAAACAAAGAGAAAAACAGAAAAUGCAAGAACAACAGUAUAUCGAUGAAUUGUUUCAGAAAGAGUUGGCCAAACGGCUUGAUGAUGAUGUUGCCGAUGACAAUGACAAGGAAAUUGAUUUAUUACCCCCACCUGAGUUGACAGCCUCCGGACAGGCUUUUAUAUUCCCACGCCCAAUAACUGCAAAACUACCAAAUAAUUCUCACUAUAAAUUUAGAGCUGUAAUUCAGCCACAACCAAUUACUCUCUGCGACGACCCACUUUCCUUCGCUAACCAAAUGCUUGUUAAACCAUACAUCCCAGCAGAAUCUCCUUUAUAUAAUGUGUUGAAAUCUUCAGACAAGCUCGACAGUAUCCAGUACCUCUUAAGCGAGAUUAUACUUGAUAAUCCUUAUUUCAAUACAAGCAAUGGAAAAAAAGAAAUCGCCCUUUUAGAGAAAGAUUUGGAGUCUGUGUUGCAAGUAACGCAUGAUAAUGUUUGUAGUCUUUACGCUUUUCAUGUUGAGAGAGUCGGGAAAAAUAGUGCGACAUUUCAGUGGAAAAUCAGGCUAUUAACCGAAUACUCUCAGUUCAAUUCAUUAAAUGAUGUUGUUACAUCAGUUGGCUUUGUCAACUUAUACACAGCACGCGGUUGGAUUUUGAGGUUACUUGAGGGUUUAGAAAACCUUCAUAAACAUGGGAUCGCGCAUAAACUCAUUGAUAUGCAUACAGUCCAAUUGACUAAGGAUACGGAUUUUGGAACUACAUUACCUAAAUUCAUUCAUCCAUCUUAUGGUUAUUCGAUUCUAUCCAUGAUUUGUAGAUACCCUAAUAAGCAUGGAGUGAAAUUAGAGUUCCCAGAAAGCAAAUGGACAGCUCCUGAACUUAUCAAAUUCAAAGGAAGCAAACCUCAAAGAAAAACAGAUAUAUGGCAGCUAGCAGUUCUUUUUAUUGUUAUCAUCACAGGAGUAGAUACAACCUUGAACUAUAGGUCACCUGGUGACUUUUUAGAAUCUGUUGAAAUGGACGAAGCUCUGUAUGACUUCUUAAGGAAGAUGCUAAAUCCUGAACCAAAACAACGUCUAACUCCAUUAGAAUUAUUACCUAUGAAAUUCUUGAGAACAAAUAUAGACCCUAGCUGGAAUAAACUAAAUUUGUAUCCUGAUACAUCCCACAGUAGUAGAUUGCUAUCCAACGUUGCUUCGUCGUCAGGAACUCAAGUUUUACAUUCUCGUACUACAUCUAGAGCAUCCACGGAUGGUGGGAGAAGACGCAGUUUCAAUAUAGGCUCUCGCUUUUCCUCACUCACGUCUACUUCGCGCUCUAGAUAUGCUACCGAUUUUGAGGAAAUUGCUGUACUUGGUAAAGGUGCGUAUGGACAGGUUGUUAAGGCUCGUAAUGCUUUAGACAGUAGAUACUACGCCAUUAAGAAAAUUAGACAUUCAGAAGAAAAACUUUCUACAAUUUUAAGCGAGGUUAUGCUCUUAGCAAGCCUAAACCAUAGAUACGUGGUGCGGUAUUAUGCUGCAUGGUUAGAAGAGGAAAAUUCCUACACUGAUAGUAAUGCAAUUGAUAGUGAUGAUGAUAGUAGUACUGGAUCUGACUUGGAAUCGGAUUUGGACUCGGAUAUUACAAGAAGUUCGGAUGGAUUAAGCUCUAGGAACAGAUCAUUGGCUCACUUGAAUAGUAAUAAUUGGGAUUUCAUCUCGAAUUCAUUUCAAGGCUCAUAUCCAGAAAUCGUUUUUGGAAACUCUUCUGAUGAGGAUAUCGAAGACGGGUGUGAUGUAAGCGCAUCAGUAGAUGAAAAGGCAGGGGCGGACUCUACCAUGGACGAGACAGAAGAAAAGGAUAAUGUUACUGAUAUGAAGUUUAAUAAGAUAAAACGUCAAAAUGGAAGGUUCGGCUCUCAAAAAUCAUCUCUAAAAAGUACCUUGUUCAUUCAAAUGGAAUAUUGUGAGAAUAGAACAUUAUAUGAUUUGAUUCACACCGAAAGUCUAAAUAACCAAAGGGAGGAAUAUUGGAGGUUAUUUAGGCAAAUUCUUGAAGCUUUGAGUUAUAUCCAUUCCCAAGGAAUUAUCCACAGAGAUUUGAAACCAAUGAAUAUUUUCAUAGAUGAAUCUCGAAAUAUUAAGAUUGGUGAUUUUGGCUUGGCAAAAAAUGUUCAGAAACCACAAGAAUCUUUGGGCAGGGAUUCUUUUGCGAGUGCAGGAAGUUCUGGAGAUUUAACAUCUGCUAUUGGAACUGCCUUAUACGUUGCAUCAGAGAUUAUAACCAGCCAUGGAAACUAUAAUGAGAAAGUUGAUAUGUAUUCGCUCGGUGUCAUAUUUUUUGAAAUGAUAUAUCCCUUUGACACCGGUAUGGAAAGAGUAGAUGUUUUAAAAAAGCUAAGAAGUGUUGAUGUGGAAUUUCCUUCAGAUUUUGAUGAGAAAAAGCUACCAACAGAGAAAAAAAUUAUUAGGCUACUACUAGAUCAUGAUCCUACCAAGAGACCCAGUGCUUCAGCGCUUUUAAGAAGUGGGUGGGUUCCGGUUAAAAAUCAGGAUGAACUUAUAAAAGAGGCAUUAAAAAAUAUCUCUGAUCCAUCAUCUCCUUGGCAACAACAGGUUAGAGAAAGUUUAUUCUCUCAACCAUACCAUCUAUCAAAUGAUAUAUUGUUUGAUUUGUCUAGAACUGACACUACGCCUUUUCUGCAACUACUUCGUGCUCAGAUGAUGGACGAGGUUACCAAAAUAUUUAGAAGACAUGGUGCAAUUGAGAAUAAUGAACCGCCAAUGAUAUUUCCAAAGGCACCAAUAUACUCAACACAAAAUGUUUAUGAAGUUUUGGAUAGAGGAGGAUCGGUUUUGCAGCUACAAUAUGACUUAACAUACCCUAUGGCGAGAUAUCUUUCGAAGAAUCCAAAUACUACGUCCAAACAGUAUAGGAUGCAAUAUGUUUUUCGACCAUCAGAGAGUAACCACUCUAGUACUGAACCCAGGAAAUUUGGAGAGGUUGACUUUGAUAUCAUUUCAAACACCACAACAGAUUCGGCAGUCCACGAUGCAGAAUGCCUAAAGGUAGUUGAUGAGAUUGUUUCAGCAUUUCCAGUUUUUACUAAAACUAACGUUACUCUCGUCUUAAAUCAUUCCGAUAUAUUAGAUGGAGUUUUCGACUUCUGUAAUAUAGAUAAAGCACAAAGAUCUCUUGUCUCUCAUAUGCUUUCACAACUAGGAUUUGGUAAGACAUUCAAGGAUCUGAAGGCUGAUUUGAAAACCCAGUUGAACAUUUCAUCUACAGCUCUAAACGACCUAGAACUUUUUGAUUUUAAGUCAGAUUUAGAUACGGCAAAAAAAAGAUUGGAGAAGCAUCUAGUUGAUAGUCCGUAUCUCAAAAGGGUUGAAGAAGCGUUGGUUUAUAUUUCCAAGGUUGUUGACUAUUUUAAACCUUUAGGGGUGACGCGAAAUGUGGUCAUUGCACCACUAAGCAACUACAACAAUGGAUUUUACAAGGGGGGGUUAAUGUUUCAAAGUGUUUUUGAUAGCGGUAGAUCUAGAAGUUUGAUCAGUGCUGGAGGUAGAUAUGAUAAUUUGAUCUCUUUAAUCGCCAGGCCAUCAGGAGGUAAACUAAAUCAUAUACAAAAAGCUGUAGGUUUUAACUUAGCAUGGGAGACGAUGUUCUUGAUAGUUAAAAACUACUUUAAAUUAGCGGGUGGGAGAUCUACAAAAAAAAUUUCUAAAGGUCUCAAGCUAACUAAUAGUGAAUGGAAGCCGAAGAGAUGUGAAGUGUUGAUUUCCAGUUUCUCGAACUCUUUGUUGAAUACUAUUGGCAUUGAAGUUAUAAGCAAACUUUGGAAAGCUGGGAUAAGCGCUGAUAUUGUGCGCGAUUGCUUCUCAGUUGAAGAUGUCAUUACUGCAGCUCAAAAAGAUGGUGUGGAUUGGAUUGUUUUAAUCAAACAACAAAAUUAUUCCAUCUCUAACAAUAAAAGAAGGUAUAAACCUUUCAAAGUUAAAAAUCUCAGUAGCAACUUAGACUCUGAUAUGGACUUUGAAGAAUUUUUGUUAACAUAUGAGGACUCAUUUAGCAAAGAUAGUACUAAUGAUUCAAUGAAUAAAGAAGAUUACUUCAAUGAAUAUGAUGAUAGGAAUCGUUGGGAUGACAACUCCAGUCAGGAACGAAGUCAGGAUGGGGAAACUGACAAUUUGUCUUCAAACGGUCCACAAAAAGUUAUAUACAUUCCUAACCCUGCUACCCGUGCUAAGGGAAAGCCAAGUAAGAAAGAUAAAUGGGUUUACGAGGAAUCUGCGAGAAAUGCAUCUAAGCAAUUAAUUCACAGUUUAUCUUCUGUUCCUAUAUUUGCAGUUGAUGCUAUUCGUGAUGAGACAUUGGAAAUAAUCUCAAUUACAUCUCUUGCGCAAAAGGAUGAAUGGCUCAGAAAAGUAUUUGGUUCUGCUGCAAAUUCAGCUCCAAGAAGUUUUGCUACGAGUAUCUACAAUAAUCUUUCUAAGGAAGCAGCAAAAGGUGGUAGAUGGGCAAUUGUUCAUUGUAAUAAGACAGGUAAAUCAUGUGUUGUAGACUUGCAACGUUGA